CAAACUGCCCGUCAUCUGUGUUCUGGGAGCUGAACCAGAAAUGUCAUCCUCAGACAUGCCAGACUUACCUGCCCCACUCACCAAUUUGAAGAUUCAAUAUACUAAGAUCUUCAUAAACAAUGAAUGGCAUGAUUCAGUGAGUGGCAAGAAAUUUCCCGUCUUGAAUCCUGCUACUGAAGAGAUAAUCUGCCAUGUAGAAGAAGGAGAUAAGGAGGAUGUUGACAAAGCAGUGAAGGCCGCAAGACAGGCUUUUCAGAUCGGCUCUCCAUGGCGUACUAUGGAUGCUUCAGAGCGGGGACGACUGUUAUACAAGCUUGCUGAUUUAAUUGAGAGAGAUCGUCUCUUGCUGGCUGCAGGGUUUCCUCCUGGAGUAGUGAACAUUGUCCCUGGUUACGGGCCCACUGCAGGAGCAGCCAUCUCUUCUCACAUGGACAUAGACAAAGUGGCCUUCACAGGAUCAACAGAGGGAAUCCAUGUGGCUUUCAAGGCCCAGAUCCCACACCUGCCCACUUCUCCAGUUCAUCUGGACCAAGGGAUGCUGUUGCCUGAUCCCAACUCCAGCAUCAUUGCCUUGGAAUUUCCCGUUGGUCAUGCUUAUUUGGAAGAUAGGGCCUGCCCUGAGCUGUGGAAACACAGUAGUCCUCAAACCAGCAGAGCAAACUCCUCUCAGUGCACUCCAUGUGGCAUCCUUAAUAAAAGAGUGAACAGUGCUGUCGAAUUUGCACACCUAGGGGUGUUCUACCACCAGGGCCAGUGUUGUAUAGCCGCAUCCAGGCUUUUUGUGGAAGAAUCAAUCUACGAUGAGUUUGUUCGAAGGAGUGUAGAGCGGGCUAAGAAGUACGUUCUUGGAAAUCCUAUGACUCCAGGAAUAAAUCAAGGCCCUCAAAUUGACAAGGAACAAUAUGACAAAAUACUUGAUCUCAUUGAGAGUGGGAAGAAGGAAGGGGCCAAACUGGAAUGUGGCGGAGGCCCAUGGGGGAAUAAAGGCUACUUUAUCCAGCCCACGGUUUUCUCUAAUGUUACAGAUGACAUGCGCAUCGCCAAAGAGGAGAUAUUUGGACCAGUACAGCAAAUCUUGAAGUUUAAAUCUUUAGAUGAUGUGAUCAAGAGAGCAAAUAAUACUCACUAUGGAUUAGCAGCAGGAAUCUUUACCAAAGACCUUGAUAAAGCCAUAACAGUGUCUUCUGCUCUGCAGGCUGGGACAGUGUGGGUGAACUGCUAUCUCAUGUCAUCUGCCCAGUGCCCCUUUGGUGGCUUCAAGAUGUCUGGAAAUGGACGAGAACUGGGAGAAUAUGGUCUCCAUGAAUAUACAGAAGUCAAGACAGUCACAAUAAAAAUCUCUCAGAAGAACUCAUAAAAAAACUACAAGAGUGGAGAGAAAUUCUUCAAAACCGUCUCCUAUAGUCACCAACAGAGUGGGUUUUCAAUAUGAAAUUGUUCUUUUCGUGAUUUUCUUAAAAAGUAAGCUAAUAAUGUGUUAAUACUAUCCAUAGAAAACUUGAUGUGUAGCUUAUUCUGAAUCAUUUGCUUUCUGAUAUGUGACUCCGAGUCCUAUCCUAAAUAAAAAGGAUGCAUUUGGAUGCCAAAUCUUUGAAGCUCUGUCAUAGUCAUGUGCUUUUCUUUGUAGCUACUUGUCCAGAUUAAUCAUUUCAUAGACGAGGACCAGUUGUCAUUUAGCUUCUUUCCCUUAAGGACUCCUUGAAGUACUUAACAUACAUGUUAACUACAGAGUAAGUUGCUCUGUUCCCAGUAGUUAGGAACUACUUGGAGUGUCUUGAAAUGUUUCUUAGAUCCAUGUCUGCUUGUCAAAUGAAGUAAUGCCUGAAAUACUUAGCUGUAAGCUGAAUAUGAACCUUAAUAAAAACAACUUUUCAUGA